GAAUUCGUCAAAUGCCUCUUCCUAAGCGGCCAAACAGAACUGCAAAGCCGUCACCACGACGCCUCUGAGAGGGAGGACAGAGAGACCAACUUUGCUACCGUGAACAAGUUUAAAGUCAACGUCAUGGCCAACUCGGCAUGCGUCGACUUGCUAGUGUGGGCUAUUGGGGAUGAGACAGGUGCGGAUUCUCUCUGCGGACGCUUGACGGAGAAGAUAAACUCCAACCACAACCACAAACUCAUACUGGCUCACAUGCCUCUACUGAUGGUUUGUUUGGAAGGUCUAGGCAAACUAGCAACCAAAUUCCCGACUAUCGCGAACACCUCAAUCUACUGCUUGCGAGAUUUCCUUGUAACACCCUCCCCGAUCCUGUUUAAGCUGCACAAGUUGGAGCUGGAGAAAACUGGCAAGGAACACAUGAAGGUCACUUUGCAAGGCAAGGAGCUCCAAGGUUUAACAGAGACAGGCGUUCCAGUAAAGUCUACGCCCUUCGAGAAACUUCGAGACGCGGCCAUAGAGAACCUUUGCGUGGCGCUUGAAGCGGCUUUAACUGUGGACCAGUUCUGUGUACCGGCGCUGGUCGGAUCUGUCAGCAAUAGGCUGUUCACCGCUGAAACUAGCGACAGUGAGUCGUCACUAAUAAGCACCAACAUAGUCAUCAUGUUGGGACAUGUCGCAGUCGCCUUGAAAGACACGCCGAAGACUACGGAUACGAUCCUGCAAUUCUUCCAGCAAAGGCUCUGCCGGUCGCCGUCAUCCCUAGACACCCUGAUAGUAGACCAGUUAGGCUGCAUGGCGCUGGCCAGCCCAGAAGGGCCCGCCCAUGAUGAGAUCAUGCGGAUGUUCACCGUCAUCACGGUAGAGGCAGCCAGCGCUGCCUACCACCACACCGACGAUAGGAAACAGUACAG